AUGGAGGCUGUGGCUGCCACCGCUUUCGCUGGCAGGAUCGCACCAAAGCUCUUGGAGUUCUUAGAUGCAAAUCGGAAGCUCCGUCAGAACCUGGAGCAUGACAUCACCUACAUCAGAAAUGAGUUUGCAUUGAUCUCUGCAGCUAUUCAGCAAGAUGAUGAACAUCACUGGAGGAGCAGCGCUGGUGGCAACCAUGUGCGGAGGGCCUGGAUCCAAAUUAUACGUGAAUUGGCGCAUGCCAUCGAGGAUUGCAUCGAUCGCUUCAUCCACCGGGUGACCAUCACCAGUACGUCGUGGAUAUGUCAUGCUGUCCAUCGGGUGAAAACGGUGACAGUACGCAAGGAGUUUGCCUUGGCGAUCCGCGAGCUCAAGAAGAUAUCACAGGAGUCAUCUUUGCUCAGAGAGACUUAUUACAACGACAGCAUCAUCGGUACUGGCACCUUCUCCUUGGUGUCGUCGUCAGUGGUAUCGUCGUCGUCAGUGGUAUCGUCGUCGUCAGUGGCAUCUGAGACGACGACUGAGAUGGUGAUGGACGACACCCUGUCAGCUCGCGGCCUCGUGGCUAUGGACGCCCCCCGGGACGAGCUUCUGGAGCUAAUCCAGCAAGAGGAGCAGCAACUCAAAGUGAUCUCGAUUGUUGGUUUUGAUGGUAUUGGCAAGACUGUCCUUGCCAAGCAUGUGUAUGACUGUAUGAUGGUCCAAUAUGAAGCACGGGCUUGGGUUUGUGCGGCGAAGCAAGGGGGCGCAAAGGCUGUUUUGGAGGAGAUAAUCAGGCAACUUGGCAUCCUCACCAUAUUCACCAUUGGUGGAGAUAACCUUAGCAAGCUCUGUGCAACCGUCAGACUGUACCUUGGGACAAAGAGGUUCUUCAUCGUAAUUGAUGACAUGCUGACAGAGUUUUGGCACGAUAUAAAAGAUGCCUUUGUGGGGUUGAGCGGCAGAGUUAUGGUGACGACGGCUAUUCAGUCGGUAGCAAAUGCCUGCAGCAGCUCAGCAGCUGAUCAUGUGUACGCUAUGAAAACUCUCACUGAGGAACACUCAAGACAGUUGUUUUUGAAGGAAGCUUUCCAAGACGACAAUCCACCAGUCGAUAAAGACGACCCGCUUGGUUCUGAAGCGCUGAAAAAAUGUGACGGUCUACCCCUUGCUCUUGUUUCCACAGCCCGGUACUUGCAAAGCACAGGUAAUCCGACACGGGAGCAUUGGGCAACAUUGUGCCACAACCUAGGAGCACAUCUGGAAACAAAAGGGAUGUUAGCGAGAAUGAAGCAUGUCCUUGUCCAUAGCUACAACAGCCUUGUUAAACAUGAUGUCAAGACAUGCUUGCUUUACUUAGGCAUCUACCCAUGUGCUCGUGCAGUCAGGAGAGGAAGCCUGAUAAGGAGAUGGUUAGCUGAAGGGUUUAUCCAAGAAGAUUAUAUGUGUUGUGCCCUGGAUGCCGCCAUCGGCAAUUUUAAUGAGCUGGUCAACAGGAGUAUCAUCCAGCCUACAGAUCUGAAGAACAGCACAUAUCAGGUGAAGACAUACCAUACUCAUGGCAUUAUGCUUGAGUUCAUCCUGCACAUGUCCAAGUGUGACAACUUCAUUACCUUGUUAUAUGAUCAGCUGGCUCCCCCACCCCCACCCAAUAAAAUUCGUUGGCUCUCCCUCCAUGACGCAAGUGCCAGAGUAGCCAAUGAUCUAUCUCUUGUCCGGUCUCUGACAAUCUUUGGCAAAGCGCAUGAAUCUGUCUUGGAAUUUUCCAAAUAUGAACUGCUGCGAGUUUUGGAUCUAGAAGAAUGUGGUAACCACUUAGAGGACAAGCAUCUUAGAGAGAUAUGCAGCAACCUGUUGCUGCUCAGGUAUCUAAGCCUCGGACCUGCGGUUAUGGUUACGGUGCUCCCCAAAGAGAUCAAGAAGCUUCAACUUUUGGAGACGCUAGAUGUUAGAAGAACCAAGAUAGAGAUUAUGCCCACACAAGUCAUGGAGCUUCCGUGCCUAAUUCAUUUGUUUGGUAAGUUCAAGCUCCAACAAGGCGUAAGAGGCCGGAGAAUGCAUAAGUUACAAUCUUGGCUCUCAGAGAACAGCAAAUUGGAAACGGUAGCAGGGUUUGUUGUGGGCACCAACAAGAGCCAAGGAUUUGCACGGCUCAUGGAGCAUAUGAAGCACUUGACAAAGGUAAAAAUAUGGUGCCAGCAGUCCACUAACAAUAGCACAGCUCCCGAUGCCAGCAGCAGUAGCAGCAGAAACAACUACACUCAUCUGUCAAAGGUUAUCAAAGGGUUCAUCAGGAGAAGCACCGACAUUAAAAAAGCCCAUUCACUCUCACUGAACUUCAAUGACGAAUUGUUCCAAGAAUUGCACCUGAACUUAUCCCUGGAAAAAGGACAAGCUUCCUCCUGCUAUCUUAGCUCGCUCAAGCUGCAAGGGGACAAUAUAUGCAGCCUGCCUCCGCUUUUUACCAUGCUCGGUGGUGUCACUAAGUUGUGCCUUUCAUCCCCUCAUCAUCAGCUGAGCGGGGAUAUUCUUGCUGCCCUGAGCAAAGUGCGCUGUUUGACGUACCUGAAGCUGAUUGCAUCUCGACUGGACAAACUCGUCAUCAUAAAAGGUGCACUCAGAAGCCUGCGACGCCUAAGCAUUGUCGUGGAGGUCAUGACUGGGCUAGAGGUCGAAGAGGCAGCUUUGCCGCUCCUCGAGUCACUCCAGCUGCUAUGUAAGGAUCUAAAUGGCUUUUGUGGCACGAUCCAGUCCCUGCAGCGUAUUAAGGAGGUCACCCUCCAUGAUGGAAUGAACAAUGAAACAAAACACAAGUGGAAAGAAGCAGUAAAAAACCACCCCAAACGUCCCAAGCUCUUGUUUAUUAAGACAGGCAAAGAAGUAGAUAUGGGAAGUGAACCUGCGGAGAAUUCCAAGAGCCCUGCGGCGCCAACUAUAGCGCCACAUGAUACAAUUUCCGCUGGGCAGUCUGAAAAUACACAACAUGAUGAUGAUGAGAAAGAAAAUACACAACAUGAUGAUGAUGAGAAAGAAAAUACCGAUAAUAUCCUAGACGACUUCUCUUACAAAACUUGUCUGGAUCCUCUGAGGAACAAGGAAAGUUUUGAUCAGGAGAUGAAAGGAACGGUAGGUUUAGAGGACCAGGAGAUGGAAGGAGUGGUAGGUUUAGAGGAUCAGCAGAUGGAAAAUUUAACUCGGACAACUGAUCAGGAUGAUCAAAAUCUUGUACUUUUGAUGGUGGGCGAGAAUAGAAGAAAGAGGGCUAGGACUGAUGGUGAAGGCAACUCAAUUGACAAGGUUGUUGAUAGGGUGAAACGCAAGAACCCAGAGGAUAUCCCAGUAGCUAGUAAAUUUGGGGUGAAUUUUAGAAAUAUUCUCGAGAAACGGGGCUUGCAAAACAAACAACCCCUGGACUCACUGUUGUUGUCGCUAAUGGAGAAUGAGUUUUUCCAUCCAAGAAGUGGAUGGGCGCCAUUGUGGCCUCGGCCACCAAGGUGGAUUCCCAUGUGCUGCUGCUUGCUGUAUGGGCUCGUCUCCAGAAGAUGAUGAAGUGCUUACAAUAAAUUCUCCUCGUAAUUUGUACUUGUGC